AGGAGAGGGGAGGAGAGAAGGCACAGGGAGGGAGUAGGAGAAAGAUCCGGGGAAAAAGUUUGAAAGGGAAAAAAAGACGUUUCGGUGGCCGCCGGUUUGCUAGGAAAAGGACAGUCGGAGGUAGAAAGAGGAGGCAUAGAGGACAACUGCGUGCCUGUGUGGAUUUUUACCGCUGCCAGGAAGCCGCUGGGCACGCGCCUGCUCGGGACGGGGGAUUAUAGAUGAGCUUGACUUUAAGAUGAGGAGCGAGCCCAUUCUUUUCACUUCCAGCAGGGCAAUGGAGGAGCUGGUGUGUGAGCUUCGUCUGUUUCUGGACCUGCUGGAUAGAGAAUAUCUGAGUGCCGGGGUCCGAGAGAAGAAGAUACACCUCUCCAAUAUUCUGCACAGAGUCCUGUCCGACAAAGAGCCUUCAUUCAAGUCAGAGAUACACAGCGGACUGCCUGCUCCACCUCAGAUGCCACUUCCAGAGAUCCCUCACCCCUGGAUGUGGAAACCUGUGUUCACUCUGCAGACUCCAAAUAACAGGCCCCCUCCCCUGCCCAGCUCAUCUCUUCCAGAAGGCUACUAUGAGGAAGCUGUUCCUUUAGGUCCUGGAAAGGCUCCAGAAUACAUCACCUCCAACUAUGACUCGGAUGCCAUGAGCAGUUCCUAUGAGUCGUACGAUGAAGAAGAGGAGGAUGGGAAGAGCCAGAAGAUGCGUCACCAGUGGCCCUCUGAGGAAGCGUCCAUGGACCUCGUGAAGGACGCCCGGAUUUGUGCAUUCCUGCUGCGCAAGAAACGCUUCGGCCAGUGGACCAAACUCCUCUGUGUCAUCAAAGACAACAAACUGCUGUGCUACAAAUCCUCCAAAGACCACACUCCCCAAAUGGAGCUGAACCUGUCAGUGUGCAGCAUCACACACAUCCCUAAAGAUGGCAAGAAAAAGAAGCACGAACUAAAGAUUGUCCACCAAGGUGCAGAUGCCCUGGUGCUGGCUGUGCAGAGCAAAGAGCAGGCCGAGGAGUGGCUUAAGGUGAUGAGAGAGGUGUGUGUUAAUGGGAGCAUAGAUUUGGAUGGAGUUGGAUGUGGAUCUCCAGUGCAUAAACCUGAACUGGAAAAGAAGGCAUCGUGUGACAGGCCAAGCUCAGAUGGGGAAGCAACCCAUGAGAACGGACACAGCGACUGCAAGGACCAAGGAAAAGGAAAGAAAAAUACAAAGUCGGAGCAGAAGACUGGCACCGUGGGGAAGGGAGCAAGCAAGAAAAUUACUAAGAUUAUUGGACUUGGAAAGAAGAAGCCCUCCACGGAUGAACAGACAUCAUCAGCUGAAGAAGACGUACCUACAUGUGGCUACCUGAAUGUUCUUUCUAAUAACCGCUGGAGGGAGCGCUGGUGCCGCCUCAAGGACAACCAGCUGCUCCUUCACAAGGACCGGGAUGACCUGAAGAGCCACAUAGCCUCACUGCCCCUCCGAGGCUGUGAGGUCAGCCCCGGCCUCGAUCACAAACACCCCUUUGCCUUCCGCCUCCUUCGUAACAGCCAAGAAGUGGCCGUACUCGAGGCCUCCUCCUCUGAGGAGAUGGGACGCUGGUUGGGGGUUUUGCUAGCUGAGACUGGAUCUACCACAGACCCAGCCACACUGCACUAUGACUACAUUGAUGUUGAGACCACUGCUAACGUCAUCCAGCUUGCCAAACAGUCCUUCUGUUUCACCAGUAAGCGUGCCGUGUCUCCUAACCCAUAUCUGGACAACCCAGUCAGUGGCUAUGCCUGUCCCACUGGUAUGGCACUACACUAUGAUGAUGUGCCCAUAAAUGGAAUGCUAAAGGGAAAGAAGGGAGCAACAACCAAUGGGGUGGCAUCAAAACAGAAGGCAGAGCCAAAGAACCAGCCAAAGAAGAAUGGAGUCAUUGGCACAAAUGGGACUGCGUCUCUGAAGCGCAACAACUCCAAUGGGGACCAGUGUAAGUAUGGGAAGAACCGUGUGGAGGCUGAUGCCAAGCGACUGCAAGCAAAGGAGGAAGAGCUGAUGAAGAAGAAGCAGGAAAUCAGAAACCACCUGACCCAGCUGAAGAAGGAGAGGAGAGACCUUCGUGCUGCUGUGGAGGCAGCGGCUGGCAAACGCUUGCAUAUUUCACUAUCAGAGCGCCUGAAGAAGUUGGAAGAAGAGUGCAAACUGAAGGAGGAGGAGCGGGUGAACCUGGAGCUGGAGCUAACUGAGGUGAAAGAGAGCCUGAAGAAAGCUCUUAGCGGAGGUGUCACCCUGGGCCUCACCAUCGAGCCGAAAGCUGGCUCCUCUGGCCUCCAGUCACCAGCAAUGCUGCGACGGACACACGAGUCUUCUCCAUUCUCCAGCUGUGACACCAGUGACACCGAGUCCUGCUCGCUGCCGGUCAACAGCGCCUCACUGCUCUACCGGCAGCAGGGCAGCCAGAAGCCCUCAGCAGUCCGGGGACAUGUCCUCAGGAAGGCUAAGGAAUGGGAACAGAAGACUGGCACAUAAACCCAUCACAUACACCCUUGCAUCAGUUUUCCUCCAAUCUCUUUUUUUGAAAUUGUGUAUAUAUUUAUUUAAAAAAAACAAAACAAAACCUGUUCAUACCAUCAGAAGGUGUGCUGAGGAGGAUACAUGCAUAGCAUUCACAUGUACUAAAACACAUGCCUAGUUUGAGUAUACUGUAAGUACCACAACAUAAACUUUUAUACUAUUGAGCAUGUUCAGUGUACUUGGUUGUGCAACUUGUGUUUUCCGCUUUGACAUCUUUUCAAGCAAACACCUGUCUUUAUUUUUCCUCUCAAAAUGUUUUCCAGCCAUUUGAAGUUAAAAAGGUCCAAGGUCAAAACCAAGUAUUUAUUUGUAAAUGUUAAAGGAAAUACUAGCUUCCCUGUGUUUAUUUAUGUUGACGUAUUUAAAGUAUUUUCGUAGAGUCUGCGGCUCUGCUCACACUCCAUUUUCCUACAACAUAAUUGGUCAUCAGUCAUGAUGCCUCUGUCGUGGUAACAAUAAUUGUAACACACACCAGCCUGGCAACAAUGUAGCUCCUCUCUCAUUGAUGUUUGAAGAAGUACAAAUACAAUUCUCCCAACUGUCAGAAACACCAACUCAUGGCUAGCAGAAGAUUUUGUGAAUUUUGUUAAGUGUUUGAAAAGCUAAAGACCUUUUCGCACACAGAUCAUGAUGAAUCACACUUGAAGCGUGUUUUAAUAUGAAUGUCCAUAUUUUAUAUCUGUGACUUUAUUGCUAUGGGUAAUCCGAUGGUAAGUUUGUGUUGGUUUGGUAAGUCCCUUGUUUAUUCUGUUUGUUUCAGCUUUUCUUUUUGCAUUAAAACAACCAUGACUGAAUACAGACAUGUGUGGUCUGGACAACUUCCAAAAGGAUAAUCAUUUGCUUAUAUGAAAAUCCAGUUACCUGGAUUCUGUGGUGCUAUUCACGCAAAUGUCUUUUUCUGCCAGUUUAGAGAAGUUUAUGAACAGAAAGCUGACCAGUUAACUGAAAGUAGAUUAGAUGCUGAGUCAAAUAUAAAUAUAACCUAUUAAAUUAACAUAUUCGAUUUCACAUAUAAGAUUUUUUUUUUUUUUUUUUAAUAUGUGGUGAAAUAUGGGAACAUUGACAGGAUGCCUUACAGUUAGAUUAGAUAGUAACAUGGUUGGCUAUAACAAAGUGAAAUUAGUGCACAUGGCAUGGGAAGCUCGCUCAUUCUGUGAAGGCACCAUUAAUGAUGUAAACAAGUUUAGGAACAACAUACAGUCAGGUGACAUUUUUUAAGAGUACCUGCCUGCAGUCCAGACUCUCACUCACUGGUGAAAGUUAAAAUUGAAAAUAUGACAAAUCAGACCAGUUUAUCAAGAAAGGCCAGCUGGUGACAGACACAAAUAAAAUACAUAUUAUACAGCCUAUAUGUUUAUUAAAAUGUUUCUAAUUAAGGCCUCACUAAGAGCAUCAUCAUCCAUGCUUUGUAAUAGUUGUAUUGUUAAUGGAGAACUUGCGCUUCUUUCUGUGUGUGUGUGUGUGCUUGUGUUGCUCAGAGAUGUCUUCAUGGCACAUUGCAAAUCCUUCAACAUUACACUGACUAAAAGGGGGGCACUUGUAAACUCACAUUGCUGUGUGUUCUGCUCAAUCAAAGACUGUGAGUUUGAUUUCCACACUGUUAAACACACAUACAUUCAUCAGUGUCACACUGAUAAUGGUGUUUCUUUUGUGUUGUUGUUGUUUUUGGACGAUGUUUCACUGCCUAAGCUUUGCUACUAUGUAUAUAAGGCUAAUUUACUUUAUGGGGAGUGUUGACAGAUGUAGUGAAAGCAUGCACUCAGUUUGGAACUCAUUGAACACACAGACACUCACUGGUUCGUGGUGAUGUAAAUAUUUUCUGUCUCCUGCCUGCCAGAAUGAUAUCCCUAAGGUUUUACAAGCAUGUUAGCUUAAAGAUGGGACAAGAGAUGGUGGUCAGCAAGUGUUGACCUGCAACAAAAAAGGAUGUCUGAUGUCAGUAAAUGUGAACCUGCUGUACAUAGCUUGGUAAAUGUAGUACUGUAGAAGGGCGGGAGGGCUUUGAAUUUUUUUGGUUUUUUUUUGCACCAUAUACAUUUUCUCUUGUUUUAUAAUCACAGACAGUCUCCAACUCGGGGACAGGCACACUUGUACAUAAAUGAAUAAACCUCCGAACAAACUGGU